GACCCGGCCCAGCUUCAUCUGGUAAGUGGUAACCCUAAACCCCCUUCCUCUCUUCCGGCGCCUGGGCGCUCUUCCCCCCUCUUCCCCGCCGCAAUGAGGCGCUUGGUGACGCACCUCCACCGCCUCUCCCACCGCGCCAUCCCUUCCCCGCCUCCAUCUCGACCCCCAACCACCACUAGCCUCCCCUUCCUCCUCUCCCGCCGCCUCCUCUCCGACGACGCCGCGCCUCCGCCCGCCGCCGACGUCCCAAACAAAGAGCUGAAGCGGCGGUUGGAAACUUACUAUGGGGUGGACGAUGAGGCAGAACUACCAUCUGUCACAGAGGCUGUUCUUGAGCGGAAGCUUGCGGAUGUGCACAGCGAGACGGACGAUGAACUUAUCGAGGAGCUGCGCAGCAAACCACUCCCUGAGGUUCGUGACAGGGAUUUUGAGUCCGACUUUGAGGAGAUGCACGAUACUGAUGAGGAGCUGGACAACUUGUACAACGCCAGACAGUAUGUGGAGAAAAAGAUCAAGAGUGACGAGUUCUUUAAUAUGGAUGACGACAAGUGGAAUAAGAUGAUCAAGAAGGCUGUGGAUAAUGGCCACCUCGGUAAUAUGAACGAAUGUGAGAAUAUUUUGGAGGACAUGCUCCACUGGGACAAACUAUUACCUGAUGAAAUUAAAAAGAAGGUGGAGGCCAAAUUUAAUGAGUUGGGGGACAUGUGUGAGAAGGGAGAGCUUGAACCUGAGCAGGCUUAUGAAUUAUUCAAAGAGUUUGAGGAUAAGAUGGUUUCAGAGUGCACAGAACUAAUGGAAGCUGAGAACCCAACUGACGUGGAUGAAUUUUCUAAAAUGGAAAAUAAGAGUGUUAAGUUGGACGAUCCACCUGGUGAGGGACCUGUUCUAAGGUGGGAGUCACGUAUUGUCUUUGCUCCUGGAGGUGAUGCAUGGCAUCCCAAAAACAGGAAAGUUAAACUCAGUGUGACUGUCAAAGAGCUGGGACUUUCACGACAUGCCUUCCGACGUUUACGUGAGGUUGUUGGGAAUAGGUACAAUUCUGGAAAAGAUGAACUCACAAUAACUAGUGAAAGGUUUGAGCAUCGGGAAGAGAACAGGAAAGAUUGCUUGAGGACAUUGUAUGCUGUAGUAGAAGAUGCAAACAAGGCCAAUAAGUUGGCUGAUGAUGCUAGAAAUGCAUAUGUUAAAAACAGACUUAAGGCCAAUGCUCAAUUCAUGGAAAGGUUGAAGGUGAAGACACAGAAAUUGAGGGUAGCUGCAUAAGGGGCUCCUGGAGCUACACGCUCUGGAACAAUUCCUCUUUCAUGAUAUCAGUACGGUCAUUUUGCAACAAAGGAUGCGGCAGUGAGACGUAGAACGGGAGCAAAAAUGUUUUGUUGUAAUUUACAUGUGUUGCCUUGUUUGGACGGCCUGUUAGGUUUAUCUUUAGCUGAAGCUACACUUUUUGAAUUUACCGUGACCGAGCAGGCCUGUUUACAUGAUCGCAUAGUGAACUGGCUGUAUCCUGAUCUUCUCUACAAAUAACAAAUUGCUUCUGAAAACUCAGUCCGUUA